CUCAUCUACUUCAUCUGCGGCAACCCAGGACUUGUCAAUUACUAUGCCGUCUUCCUAGACUGCUUGCGCGGGAUGCUCGAUGCAGCAGAUGAAGGCUCUGGAGGCACGGCGUUUGACAUUUACGGGAGGAAUCUCCUCGGCUUCAGCGACGACGACCAUGAGCCGUUCAGCAACACCAACGAGCCCUGGGAUCUCGACGGCCAGAUUGACGGCAUGUAUCGCGAUGUUGCGGCCAGGAGCGCAGCGCGGCCAUACGACUUUGUCAUCCUCAUGGGCCACUCUGUAGGCGCGUACAUCUCAGUAGAAAUAUUCCAUCGGCACAUGCAGGAUCCAUCUCAAGCGCCGCAUCUCAAUCUUCGGCACGGCUUCUUGUUAUUUCCGACCCUCACGCACAUUGCCAAUUCACCCAGCGGGAGGAGGCUUGGUCUGCUAAGAAGCAUCCCUAGCGUGGAAGACAAUGCGCACCAUCUAGCGAAAUUUAUCCUCAACUGUAUUCCGUUCGCCUGUGUCCUAUGGAUCAUCAAAAACAUCAUGGGUUUCACACCUCAAACAGCAGAGGUGACGGCCCGGUGGCUCAAGAGUCGAGAUGGUGUAUGGCAGGCUAUUCACCUAGGGCUCUCAGAACUGCGCACCAUUUGCGAAGAAAAGUGGGAAGAGGAGCUAUGGGAGACGACAAUCGAAGACGACGACAUCAACAACUACAACUACUACCACGGCAAAGGCAAGACUGCUGCGAAUGGAGAGUCUCAAGAUGGCGCUGAGACACCACAGCAGCAAAUUCCAAAGUUCUUCAUCUUUUAUGGCAAACACGACCACUGGGUCGCAAACCAUCUGCGGGAUGCGUUUAUCGAGAGGAGGAGUGAAAAGGGACACACAAAGAUUCAGAUUGACGAGGGAGAUAUUCCCCAUGCGUUUUGCGUCAAGGAGCGUGAGUUUUAUACGAGCUGGGUAAUAGCGAAAAAGGUGUAUGAGUGGGUAAAAGAGAUUGAAUAG